AUGUCUGAUCAAGAAGAAACAACACCUAGAGGAGCUAAGACUCAUAAAGGCAAAAGAAUUCUAGAGUCUCGUGAACCUAAAUUAGUUGAAGGUCCAAAGCAAACUCUGUUCAUAAGAGGUCCUAAGACUUCUCUUAGUGUAAGAUAAUUGGCGCAUGAAUGGCAUAUGAUAAAAAGAGAUUUUAGUACAACCUACAACAAGAAUCAUGAAAUCUAACCAUUUGAAGAUGCCAAACAAUUAGAAACAUUUUGUGAAAGAAGCUAAUGUUCAAUGUUCUGCUUUGUGUCAAAUUCAAAGAAAAGACCAGAUAAUCUUAUUAUUGGAAGAACAUUCGAUAAAAAAUUAUUAGAUAUGGUUGAAUUACAUCUCAAAGAAUUCAAAAGUCAAGAAGAAUUUGCUACUUCUGUUGAAAUUCCUAUGCAUGCAAGACCUUUGAUAGUUUUUAAUGGUGAAGUAUUCGGAUUUAAUCCAAAUCAUAUGAAAUUGCAUAAUCUUUUGACUGAUUUCUUUUUUGAAAAUGUACCCAUCUAAGACAUAAAGUCAUAAGAGAUCCAUUUAAUCAUAAGCAUCACUGCAGCAGAUGACUCUACUUUAGCAAUAACAGUUUUAUAAAAAUAGACUCAUGAAGAUGGAAUCAAAAUCCAAGAAAUUGGACCUAGAAGUGUCUUUGAUAUAAGAAGAACAAAGUGGGCAGAUGAUGAAUUAUUUAAGAAAGCCUGUCGUUAACCUAAACCAAAAGCUAAACCACAUGUAAUUAAUUUAUUAAUCAUUUUAGGAAAAAAACAUUGUUUAUGAUGAAGUAGGAGACAAAAGAGGAAAGGUUUUCGUUUAACAACAAGAUCUCAGCACUCUGGCCUUAAAGAAAAGAAAGAAGCUUAGAAAGGGAGAUCAAAAAUUAAAAGCUAGAAUUGAAUCUUAAGAAUAGCAAGCAGAAGUCAAUGAAGAAUGAAAUCCCUG